AGUCACUGCCUGUGAGACUUCACUCCAAAAAUCCCUCCUUUUUUUCUCUUUUCCAUCCCCAAACCCUCAUCAUCCAUGGCAUCUCCUCCUCCUCAUCAUCCUCCUCAUCUCCCCUCGAAAUCCCUCGCCUUCUAGAUCAUGUACCUGUCGGAGAAGCGCCGCCCGAUCGAGACGAUGCUUGGAGUCAUCGCCAACGCCGCAAUCCCUACCCAGCAGCCGAUGAUCAUGGCGGACAGCAGCGGGGGUGAGGAGCACGAGAUAAAAGCCCCGAAGAAGCGCGCUGAGACCUGGGUUCAAGAAGAAACCCGUAGCUUGAUCGGUUUCCGCCGAGAAAUGGAUGGCCUUUUCAACACCUCCAAGUCGAACAAGCACCUCUGGGAGCAGAUCUCGGCCAAGAUGAGGGAUAAGGGUUAUGAUAGGUCUGCGACGAUGUGCACUGAUAAAUGGAGGAACUUGUUGAAGGAGUUCAAGAAGGCGAAGCAUAGGGAUAGAGGGAGCGGGUCUUCUAAGAUGUCUUAUUACAAGGAGCUUGAUGAGUUGCUCAAGGAGAGGAGCAGGAAUGGUAAUUACAAGAGCCCGGCGAACUCUAAGGUUGAUUCAUACCUCCAGUUCUCAGAUAAAGGACUUGAAGAUGCCGGUAUUCCAUUUGGACCUGUAGAAGCUACUGGUAGGUCCGAACUCAAUUUGGAAAGACGUUUGGAGCAUGACCCACAUACUCUUGCCAUAACAGCAUCUGAUCCAGUUGCGGCCAAUGGAGUUCCCCCAUGGAACUGGAGAGACAACUCAGCUAAUGGUAAUACACCUGCAGAUGGUGGAGAUAACCAAGCUUCUUAUGGUGGAAGAGUCAUUUUAGUGAAGUGGGGAGAAUAUGCUCGAAAGAUAGGUAUUGAUGGCACUGCAGACGCCAUUAAGGAGGCCAUCAAAUCGGCUUUUGGAUUAAGAACAAGAAGGGCAUUUUGGCUAGAGGAUGAAGAUGAGGUUGUUCGCAGCCUUGACAGGGACAUGCCAUUGGGAACUUACACUCUCCAUCUUGAUGAAGGGGUAACAAUUAAAGUAUGUGUCUAUGAUGAUACCGACCGCAUACCAGUACGAACCGAAGACAAGACACUCUAUACUGAAGAAGACUUCCGUGAUUUUCUCUCUCGGCGCUGCUGGGCUGGCCUCAGGGAGUUGAGCGGAUUUAGAACCGUGGACAUUUUUGAUGACCUUCGCUCCGAUUGCAUAUAUCAAGGCGUAAGAUCGGAUUAACUGGUCUCGCUCUGCAAAUCUAACUGUCUUUUGUGCCAGAUGAUUAUCAUAUCAUUCUGUAACUUAUUGUGUAUGCUCAUAACCAUUUUAAACAUAGGAGCCUUUCUUAGCUAAUGGUUGAGCAAUACAAAUGAAUUUAUCAAAAAUUAUCAAGUUUUUUGUUAAAUGAAAUUAUCUGGACUCGAUUCAA